UUUCGCCGUGUCUUCGCUCACGUGCCUCUCCCGCUGCCGCGACAUUUUUUCUUUCGUUGUUCGCCACUACUGUUUUUGCUUCGUCGGGAUUGCUUGUUGGGGACGCUGUAGGGUUUGUCGCGCACCGCAGCUUUGCUGCAGCGAAGAAACUGCUUCACCAAUUCCGAUCGCGUGAUCUCGAAUUGGAGAGCGAGCGGUUGUUGCGUUUGUUGCCGAGGGCAGAGGAGGUGACACUCUCAUCAUGGCGUACCAGCCGGGGGAUUGGUUAUCGGGUGUUGCCUUAGCACGAGGCAGGCUCGAGGCAUCCGAGGUUGUGAGCCAUAAAAAGAGUCGCGCUCACCGCCAGCGAUCUGACUCUGGAGGUCAAAACGAUGGCAAGAGGUACACUGAUCAAGAGAUGCGGGAGAUGCGAGAUACUAAGUUAGGGAGGCGGCGGUAUCGUCGAUGGGCUAAUGACAAUAUGCUGCGAGAACUUGCUCCUACGUUGACAGCUUCUGAAAUUGGAAAUCUCUUCGCUCCACCCCCUUGGGGUGACAAGAGUGUCCAAUCACCAUUGGAAACUGUAAUGGUCUCUUCGCGUGACAUGGCGAUUUGGGAACCUUUUAGAAACAAUGUAGACAUGGACUUACAGGCUAAGGUUCUGCACCAAGGUGUGCCUAGGAAAGCAGUAGGUGAGCUGGGAAUGGAGAGAAGGCAAAGUCCAGCCAUGAAAGCUUGGAGUGGUGUGGAACGCAACAUGCGUGCUGCUCUUCGUCGUAAUUAUGCAUCUGCCUUCUUGAUGGACCUCGAGGAGAAGCUGGUUCCUUUUAUUGAAGGAGAUGAUCAAGAUCUUGUUGUGUCUGCUGUGUCUACUUAUGACAGACUACUUGUACAUGGUUCAAGUCAGUUUCAUGGGCUUAAAUCGAUCACACUGCAAGUGCCAGUUGCUGCCACUGGGUCAGAAAUGGAAACCUGCAUAUUGAUCAAGAAAACAGAGAAAGCACUGUCCAAUGUGAACCUACCUCAAUUCUUGAAGAAGCUGAAGGAAAAAGAUAUUGCUGCCGCAGCUUAAUCUAGAGACUGAAGACGAUCCAAGAAUCGUGUGCAUGUUAUCCGUGCAAUUGGGGUGUGAAGGCUAUUUAAGUCAUUCACGGGCCUAGUCUAUACAGUUCUAUGUCUUCACCCUAUGAUGUCUGUGCAUGAAGGGGCUGUUGUAGUUGGCGGGCGAGGUUGUGCCAUUCCUGAAAGUAGCUGAAUAGUCUCUUAUCAAAAUUCUGUCUGAGCGUUUUUCUGGUUAGACAGUGAAGCUGGUUCAAACUCAGUGAAAUUCCUAUCUCGCAGUCCCUCCACAGUGACUGCUCGAUCAAGAGCACUAUUCUUUGUAUAUUCUUUCACAUGCUACAUGAUUGCAAUCAGCGGCUAAAUCGUCAAUGAUGUACCCAAGACAUGGUGUAAUUGUGUGUGCACAGUAAAGUUCUUGAUAGGUUUAUCUCA